GUCCACUUCACUAGACAGAAAACGACGCUCCAAAUGUUGGUGUGUUCACACGAAAAACACAGCGUUUGAACAAGGUGCAUUCUUUCAGACUGAAAUAUCUAAAAACUUUCCUUUCACAAUUGGACCACGUAUGAAGAACAUCGAGUGAUUUGCAAGAGGCAACUCGCAUUUUCCUCGCCAUUUUAGAUGCCCUCUGCCAACCACUUAUGAAUUGGACAAUUACGGUACAUGUAGGUUGAUUUUUGAACGCAUGUUUCUCAUCAUCAUUGGAUAGAUACACCGACCACCAACGACGAUUUUCAAAGCCUGUUCGCCAACACUUAGGAGGAAGUUUCGACACGAUCAUAAUAUAUUAGAGCAGAGUUAGAACCAACCUCCGUUUAAUUGAUGGACACUCAUAUAAGAAAGUCAUUUUUCUACCAUAAGGAUUGCACGAAUCAUGCAGUAAGCCGCAUCCGUAUUACUGUCCGUACUCGUAACCAUGUUUUAAUUGUAUCCUGUCGAAUGAUCCUUUUCACUGUACAUACAUGUUUGGUGUUGCAACUUGAUAUUUUACCACGUUAUACAUGACCUAUCGGAUGUAAGAUUCACUGUGACAAAUACCACCUUUUACGAGAAGACCUACAGAGCUAUUAGUCUCAAAGAAGGCCUUAGAACACGAUUUCAGCAGUCAUGGAGAGCGUCACAAAUAUUGCGGACUUGUAUACUGACGAAGGCAAGUUAGAGUGCGUGUACAAAACAUAUGAUCUAGAAACCUUAAGGGAUUGGGUUUAUUUUCUCGGCGAUGGAGUUUUAUCCACUAUUGUAUCUUCAUUCGGCUUGCCUUUGAAUAUUCUAAUCUGUAUCGUACUGGCGUACGAGAGACCCUACACGUCGACGUCUGUGCUUCUGCAGGCUCUUGCUGUUGUAGAUAGCAUGGUUUUACUUAUGUCGAUGGUCACCUCCUCCCUGCCUUCUUUAAUAGAGUAUACCAGUCUUUAUAUAACGUUUUACGAGUUCAAGGAGCUAUCAUACCGUUACCUAAGAACCCUGUUAACAGCUUCAAAGACAGCAUCCGUCUGUAUUAUCGUCUGCGUCUCACUGGAGCGUUUUAUUGCUGUCUGCAAACCGCUUCGAGCGGCAGCCAUUUGUACCAAAAGGAACGCUUGCAUCGCGUGUAUUUCUGUAUUCGCUGUGACCCUUGUUUAUGCUAGUCCAGAUGUUCUCCAAGCCGAGAUGAUCUAUCCGUUUGAUCCUUGUUUGGGGAGAAAAGUUCCCAAAAUGACACGUUCGGAUCUUAUGUUGAACUAUUAUUAUGUCUUGAUUUACGUGGUGAGCCUCCACAUCAUCAUAACCUCGCUGUUACCUUUUGUCAUUCUAAGCUUUGUUACUUACUCCAUCAUUACCAGCCUAAGGAAAGCGACAAAGGCGCACCUCUCGGGCAAAAACACAGUACAACGCCACAAAGACAUCAAAUCGGGGACGAAAAGAGUAAUGGCGGUCGUUGUGGUCUUUUUCAUAUUGGAGACACCAGGUGCGCUUAUGCAGAUAUUAGGUGCUUUAGUAACAUUUACGGACGUCCGUGAAUAUAUUACCAUACCCGUAUAUUACAUAGCUCUUAACAUUACAUAUUUUUUUAGCAAGCUUAACAGUGCUGUUAAUUUCUUUAUAUACUGCGCGACGGGGCGGAGGUUCAUGAUGACGUUAAGACAUAUGUUUGCCUGUAGUUCUGACUAGUGGAAAUGCAACGCGUUUUGUAAAAUCAUCAGCCGAAGAUCUUUGCUCCAUCACAUUAAUUACCGAUACUUGCAUCUACAUCUACUUCAUAUAACUACCAAGUUAACGCUGUUUGUUUCGGGCAUCGUGAAUUUGUGUUUCGUCCAUAGUGACCUGAAGCUCUGAAGAACACGCGUCUGCUCGUGCUCACGAUGAAGCAGAAAGGGUUAACCAUAAAACAUAAUUUUUAACCAUUUCUGAUUCAGGUGCGCUAUGAAGGACUUCCGGCCAGGUUUUUUUUAAAAGGGGUGAUUUAUUCAGUUAAUAGAAUGAUACACAUAUGGAAAAUGACUAUCUUGUUGACAAAAGCAAAAGGCUUCAACCAGUACAAAAUGUGGAAACUUAGCAGUAUGCAAACUUACAGAAAUAUAGUAAAUGACUUUAAAGAAAACCAAGAAAAACAACACAGAUACAGAAGUAUAGUGCAAAUAGAGGCUACCAUAUGGAAGAAUAAAAAAUACAUUUUCGAGGCGCCGUUUAGAAUGUAUGAUACAAAAGCACCACACGGACUUCUGUUCGAAACGCCUCAUGCCGUGAGUAACGCUACAUAUGACGUCACAGGGAGUUCAAAGUUUAUCGAUAUUAGAUAUUCAAACUGCACAAGAGCUGAAGGAAACCGUACUUGGUACUACCCUUGUGGCAGUUUCUUUCCGAAUUCAAAAUAUUGUCCGGCGGUGGCAGAAAGCACACCGGCUCAGUGUAUGCGGUGCAUGGUUGGGUCUGGAAGGCGGUGCGAUCUUGAAGCAAACCAGCGAUUCGGGUCCGUCGCAUCGAAGUGCCGGAUAUAUCUACGGGAUAGAUAUAAGUGAGCGUUUGCCCGAUCCGCUGUAGUACCUCAUGUAUAUAGUUGGU